AUGCCACAAGAAACAAUCCAUCCUGAUUCCAGUGGUAUCUGGGUAUUCGGCUAUGGUUCUCUUAUCUGGAAACCACCACCGCAGUACGAGUCCAGAAUCGUUGGAUACAUCAAGGGCUAUGUAAGAAGAUUCUGGCAGCACAGCGAAGAUCAUCGAGGAACACCAGAAAAACCUGGCCGUGUGGUGACCUUACUUCCCUAUGAACAAUGGAAAAACUCUGGAGACGAGCAUGGUCAUGAUGGCAUUACAUGGGGUGUUGUAUUCAAGAUUCCUUCUGACGAUGUAGAGACAACACGCGCCUACCUUGAUCACCGAGAAAAGGCUCUUGUAUACAUUGCCACAGAAGACAACGAAGCCUAUGUUGGAUUUGCACCAGCAAAAGAGAUCGCCCAACAGAUUCAUGACACAUAUGGUCCAUCUGGCUGGAAUGCAGAGUAUUUAUUAGAGCUUGCUGAUGCUCUACGAGAAAUUGCGCCACAACACCGCGAUGAACACAUCGAAGAAUUGGCAUUACUUGUAAAAGAACUUAUACAAAACUCCUCAAAAGACUCAUAGAAAAUAGAGUACAUUACGGGGGGAGGGGGAAAGGGGUCAAUUCAGAAUCGACCUUUAAAUUGACCCCUUUUUUCCUAUAGUGGUAUAUGCUUGAUCACUGUAAUGCAAGUAAUAUUUUGAGUUGAUCUACGCAAAAAUAAAAAAAUAUAAAUAAAUCAGUAUAAAAUACC